AUGAGCAAGAUCGACGCCGUCGACGAUCAAGAGUCCGACGAUGGCUCUGAGCCAACCGGCCCGUCGCGCAUCAUCCGCCCAUUCACAAAGAACGGCAAGAACCCGUCCAACGCGAUCUCAAACGCCAAAUACAACCCCUUCACCUUCCUGCCUAUCAUUCUUUACGAGCAGUUCAAGUUCUUCAUCAACCUCUAUUUCCUUCUCGUCGCUCUCUCGCAGAUCGUCCCUGCUCUCCGGAUAGGAUAUCUUUCGUCAUACGUUUUACCUCUUGCGUUCGUCCUUUUCGUCACUAUGUCCAAAGAAGCGCUUGACGAUAUCGCUCGUCGCCGCCGUGACGCAGAGUCCAACAAAGAGGCUUACGAAGUUUUGGGGAAAGCUGAUAUGGUUCGCUCACGCGACCUCAAAGUUGGCGAUCUCAUCAUCAUCAACAAAGACCAGCGUGUUCCCGCCGAUGUCAUUCUUCUGAAGUCUUCUGAGGUGACUGGCGAAUCUUUCAUUCGUACCGAUCAACUUGACGGUGAAACUGAUUGGAAGCUACGAAUCGCUUGCCCUCUCACUCAGUCUCUUCCCGAUGACCUUCUUUCGAAUGUCACCAUCACUGCUACUCCUCCCACGAAGUCUAUUCACCACUUCUUGGGACGCCUCCAGCUCGACUCUGCCAAUCUUCCUCUUUCGAUCGAUAACACCAUGUGGGCCAAUACUGUCCUAGCGUCUGGUCAUGCGAUCGGUUGCGUCAUCUAUACUGGCAGCGAGACGCGACAGGCGAUGAACACUUCCAAAGCUCGAGGAAAGACUGGUCUGCUCGAGCUCGAGAUUAACAGUCUGUCCAAGAUUCUUUGUAUCUGCGUAUUCUUGCUGUCGCUCUUGCUCGUCGGUCUUUCGGGAUUCCACGGACAGUGGUACGUCUCUAUCUUCCGCUUCUUGGUUUUGUUUUCCUCGAUUAUCCCAGUCUCUCUUCGAGUCAAUCUUGACCUCGGAAAGUCUGUUUAUGCCUACUUGAUUGAGCACGACAAAGCUAUUCCGGAGACUAUCGUUCGCACAUCCACCAUCCCUGAAGAUCUCGGCCGUAUUGAAUAUCUGCUCACUGACAAAACUGGAACUUUGACCCAGAACGACAUGGAACUGAAGAAGAUCCAUGUUGGAACGGUGUCCUAUGCUGGCGAAGCUAUGGAUGAAGUCGCAAACUAUGUCAGCGGUGAAGGUCAAAAUACCCGUUCUCGCCGUGACAUUGGAGUCCGCGUGCGCGAUCUUGUUUUUGCGCUCGCAGUCUGUCACAAUGUCACGCCUGUUUACGAGGACGGCGAGUCCUCUUACCAGGCUGCGUCUCCUGAUGAGAUUGCGAUCGUCAAGUGGACUGAGUCUGUUGGGUUGGUUCUCGCCAAGCGUGACCGUCAAUCGAUUGUUUUGUCUUACGCUGGCUCAAAGGCCGAGCAGCAUCUCGAGAUUCUACAGAUCUUCCCGUUCUCGUCCGAGACAAAGCGAAUGGGAAUCGUUGUUCGCGAUGUCGAGAAGGAUGAGAUUACUUUUUUCGAAAAGGGUGCUGAUAGCAUUAUGGGAAAGAUUGUUCAGAAGAACGACUGGCUUGAAGAAGAAACGGGAAACAUGGCUCGUGAGGGUCUGCGAACUUUGGUUAUCGGACGCAAGAAGCUCACUGCUGAGGCCUACAACUUCUUCUUGGAGAAGUAUACCGCCGCCUCGCUCGUUCUGAAGGACCGUGAAGGCGAGAUGCAGCGAGUAGUUUCGGAAUACCUUGAGAAAGACCUCGACCUCCUAGGUUUGACCGGUGUCGAAGAUAAGCUUCAGGAGAAUGUCAAGCCCUCGCUUGAGCUCCUCCGCAAUGCCGGCAUCAAGAUUUGGAUGUUGACUGGUGACAAGGUUGAGACAGCUCGAUGUGUUGCAGUUUCGGCUAAGCUUGUUCCCCGUGGUCAGUAUAUCCAUACGAUUGCUGGCAUGAACAGGCCCGAGCUAGCUUUUGACCAGUUAGACUAUCUACGCACUAAGGGCGAUUGCUGCUUGCUGAUAGACGGUGAAUCUCUGUCCAUGUUUUUGAGCAACUACGAGAAGGAGUUUAUUGAGGUUGCUGUUACCUUGCCUGCGGUCAUUGCCUGCCGAUGUUCGCCCACUCAGAAAGCUGAGAUUGCAAAGCUUAUCAAGACCUUCACCAAGAAGCGUGUGUGCUGCAUUGGUGACGGUGGUAACGACGUGAGCAUGAUCCAGGCUGCUGAUGUUGGUGUUGGUAUUGUUGGAAAGGAAGGAAAGCAGGCUUCUCUCGCUGCCGAUUUCUCCAUUCUUCAGUUCUGCUACCUGACCAAGCUUCUGGUUUGGCACGGACGCAACUCUUACAAGCAGUCUGCCAAGCUCGCUCAGUUCAUUAUUCAUCGUGGACUGAUCAUCUCGGUUGCCCAGGCGGUUUACUCCAUGCAAUCCGGAUUCGAGCCGAUUGCUUUGUACCAAGGUUUGCUGCUUGUCGGUUAUGCCACUAUUUACACCAUGAUGCCCGUCUUUUCGCUCGUGCUUGACCGCGAUGUGGAUGAGAAUGUUGCGGAGCUGUACCCUGAGCUAUACAAAGAACUGACCGAAGGAAAAUCACUUUCGUAUCUCACCUUCUUCGUUUGGGUUUUGAUCUCGGUGUACCAGGGUGCAAUCAUCCAGGGACUUGCGAGUGUCUUCGUGGGACUCGAUUAUGAGUCGUUCAUGAACAUGGUCGCUGUUGGCUUCACGGCUAUACUGCUGAAUGAGCUUUUGAUGGUGGCAAUGGAGGUGAUUACCUGGAACAAGAUUAUGAUUGCUUGUGAAAUUGUCACAUUCACAGCCUACGUUGCUUCAAUCCCGUUCUUGACGGAUUACUAUGACCUCAACUACUUCCUCACCGGCGACUUUUAUUGGCAGACAGCUGCCGCUACCGGUGCUUCGCUUGUUCCAAUCUGGUUGGUGAAGGUUAUAAAGCGUCGCGUGAGACCUCCAACGUACGCCAAGGUGCGACAGCGGUAG